AUGGGUAUAAAAACAACUGAUAUUGAAAAAUCACUUGAAAAUGAUGAUAUUCUUGAAAGUAAAACCUUUGAAUUAUCUGAAAGUAAUACAAAGUCAUUUGAUAUAACUAAAAAUAUAAAUAUAAAAAGUAGUGAAUUUGUUAAAUUAUGGUUAGAUGAUGUAGAUAUUAGAUCAUUUGGAACAUCUAAUAUUGAUAAUAUAAAAACUAUAUAUUCUACAAAGGAAGAUGAAAAUAUUUUUAGUGAUAAUGAAUAUCAAAUAGAUUUUCUUAUGAUGGAAAAUAAUAUUCGUGAAAAAUUAAAAACUAUUCGUGAAUAUGAAAAUAUAAAUAAUAAUGAGACUAUAGAUAUAGAUGAUUAUACUAAGAGACGAAUUAUAUCUGCAGGAGUUCAGAUAAGUGUACCAAUUGAACAAGAACAAGAUAAAGAUAAAUUGAUUAAACAAAAUCAACAAAUAAAUAAGAUAGAAUGUAAAGAAAUGGAAAUUCAACCAAUAAUUCUUACUGAAUCUAAGCAAUUAAUAGCUGUACAAAUAUUAGAAGGUAUAAUCCCAAUUCAUAAAAUAGGGAAUCAAGUUACUGAAGAUUAUUGUAAAGGAAAUCCAUCAUAUGAAAUUAAUCAGUUAAAUAUUAACCAAGAUAAUAGUAAAGAAAUUCAAGAAAUAAUUAAGAAAUUAAAUAAUAGUAAACAAAAAUUAAAUCAAUCUAUAGCAGAGAAGAAACUUCAAAUAACCCAAUUAAGGUAUGAAUUAGAUAAUAUGGUAAAUUCUGUAAAUCCUUCAAAAUCAGGGAAUAUUGAGCUAACUAAGAAGGAAUUGAGAAAAAAGAAUAUAGAACUAAAUGAUUUAAUUUAUAGAAAACAAAAAAUAAAAGCUAAUAUAACUACUCUUAAGAGAUAUAUUAAAGAGACUGAAGAGAUAUCACCAGUUAGAUCUAAAGGGGAAUCUAGAAAAGAGGUUAAAAAAGACACUUUGAAUGAAGAUACUAAAAAGAAGAUUGAAAUGUUAGCUAAAAUGACUUUAUGGCUUCAAGAAAAUACCAAUGUAUCUAUUACAAGAGACACGCGUCAAAAGCGUGGUGAGAAUACUAUAAGACAUUUAUCACAUCUAUAUAUAAAUAAUAGAGCGCUUUUUGAUACUACCGCUAGAUCUAUAAAAAGUAAAUAUAUAAAAGUAAGGGAUUCUAAACGAGCUAAUUUACUCAGUAAUACAUAUUCUGAUAUAGAUAAGGAAAAUAUAGAUAUAUUAACUAAUAAGACAAUUGGACAAAAUGGAGAGGGGGAAGAAGUUGAAUUUGUAAUAAGUGAAGAAUCUACAGUAUAUUGA